GGGCCGCGUCGGCCAGGGAGGCCAAAACACCGCAGUGAACGCCCUCCUCUAUCACGCAAUGAACCUCAUGGCGCAACUAUCCGGUGUCCUCGAAGCCGACCAAGACAAAGCAAACAUCUGGACCACCAUGGCCGAAAAGCUCAAAAUCUCCGUAAACAAGCUCCUCUACGACGAGCAACAAGGAAUGUUCUACGACAACACCACAUCCGCCGGCCAUGCCCUCUACCCGCAAGAUGAAAACGUCGCAGCAAUAAAUUUCAACCUCACAACCUCGCACAAUCAAUCUCUAACAAUCGCAGAGAACCUCUAGCGACGACUAACCAAGUACGGAGCUCCAUCUCCUGAGUACUGGGCCGGUGUAUUUUUUACUGGCUAAUGUGGUUGGCCUCCGCGCUACUGCGCUAGAUGUCCCCAGUAAAGAUGGUGAUUGGGUGUUUCAGCCUUCUGUCCAGGGGUCGGAGUUGAUGUGGGCGAGGGGCGGAUUUAACACGAGUCAUGGGGGUUUCGGAGCUAAGUGGGAGAUUGGAGAAGACGAUAGCUUUUCUGCUGAAAUGCUCGUUUCUGAUAGGUUGCAAGGCACAGUUUAUGCUCCAAUGAUGGGUAAUCAGCGUGCGAAUAUCACGAUUAACGGAAGGCCAUAUAUAGAUUCGAAUAUAUUUAACGGAU